AUGCUCACGCUGGCUGGACCCCAGGCCUAUUCUCAGUUCCGAGUGAAUUCUCUGCUCGAGAACAUCAACAAGGCCGUCAAUUCGUCCGCCGUGGCUGCCAUUCGAGCCAUCUACGUUCAUUACGUUGACACUGGAGAUGCAGCUCUGACCGAGACCGAGUCCAAGCUGCUCGACUCUCUGCUGGACUACGACCAGAAGGCCGACGCUGGAGAUGCUCUGACUGCCGCCCUCAUCAAGGCAGCCGUCAAUGACGAGGCUGAGCUCCCGACCGACUCGUACCUGCUUCGAAUCAUCCCCCGACCCGGCACCAUCUCGCCUUGGUCCUCCAAGGCCACCAACAUCACCCAGAACUGCGGUCUGCCCCACGUCAAGCGAGUUGAGCGAGGUCUGGCUGUGCUAAUCCAAGUCCGUAAGGGCUUCCCUCUGGGUCCCCACGUUGAAUCCGGCGCUUUCCUUGAUUUCAUUUACGAUCGAAUGACAGAGGCUAUCCGAAUCGGCGCCCCCGUCACCGAGAAGGACCUCUUCGCACACCACGAGCCCAAGCCUCUCGUUUCCGUGCCUCGUGCUGGUAUCGCUGAGGCCAACAAGUCUCUGGGACUCGCCCUGGACCAGCCCGAAAUCGACUACCUGCAGACCGCUUUCCCUCAGCGAGACCCCACCGAUGUGGAGCUGUUCAUGUUCGCUCAGGUCAACUCGGAGCACUGCCGACACAAGAUCUUCAAUGCCGACUGGAAGAUUGACGGCGAGAACAUGCCUCACUCGCUGUUCAAGAUGAUCCGAACAACCCACGAGAAGAACCCCGGCUACACCGUCUCUGCUUACUCUGACAACGCCGCUGUCCUCGAGGCCGCUGGAUCUGGCUUCUACUACGCUCCUGAUCCUAAGACCCAGGUCUACACUCUUAAGCCCGAGCCCGUCCAGUUUCUCGCCAAGGUCGAGACCCAUAACCACCCUACUGCCGUCUCUCCCUUUGCUGGAGCUGCCACUGGGUCUGGAGGAGAGAUCCGAGACGAGGGUGCCGUCGGCCGAGGCUCCAAGCCCAAGGCCGGUCUUUCUGGCUACUCUGUUUCCGAUCUGCUCAUCCCUGACUUCAAGCAGCCUUGGGAACAGGACAUUGGCAAGCCCCACCACAUUUCUUCUGCCUAUGACAUCAUGAUGGACGCUCCCAUUGGAUCUGCUGCCUUCAACAACGAGUUUGGCCGGCCCUGUAUCUCUGGAUACUUCCGAACCCUCACUACCACUGUUACCAAUCACGCUGGAAAGCAGGAGAUUCGAGGUUUCCAUAAGCCCAUCAUGAUUGCCGGCGGUGUCGGUACCGUGCGACCCCAGUUUGCGCUCAAGAACAAGCCCAUCACCCCUGGCGCCGCCCUGAUUGUUCUCGGAGGACCUUCUAUGCUCAUUGGUCUCGGAGGAGGAGCCGCCUCUUCUGUCGCUUCUGGAGAAGGAUCUGUGGAUCUCGAUUUUGCUUCCGUUCAGCGAGGUAACCCCGAGAUGCAGCGACGAGCUCAGAUGGUCAUUGAUGCCUGUGUUGCUCUCGGCGACGCCAACCCCAUCCAGUCUAUCCAUGACGUUGGUGCUGGAGGUCUGUCCAACGCCCUGACCGAGCUGGUCCACGACAACGGCCUCGGUGCCAAGUUUGAGCUCCGAGAUGUACCUAACGCCGAGCCCGGCAUGUCCCCCAUGGAGAUCUGGUGCUGUGAGGCCCAGGAGAGAUAUGUGCUGGGAGUGGCUGCUGCCGAUCUCGAUACCUUCAAGGCCCUCUGUGACCGAGAGCGAGCUCCUUACGGAGUUGUGGGUGUGGCCACCUCCGAGCAGCGACUGGUUCUGUCCGACAAGUUGCUCGGUUCCACCCCCAUCGACAUGGAUAUGUCUGUUCUGUUCGGUAAGCCCCCCAAGAUGUCCCGAGUGGCUGCUACCAAGCCCUUGCGACUCCAGCCUCUGGACCUUGCACCCAUUGCCUCCUUUGGCGAGGCUCUUGACCGAACUCUUCACCUGCCCUCUGUUGGCUCCAAGGCUUUCCUCAUCACCAUUGGUGAUCGAUCCGUCACCGGCCUGAUUGCUCGAGACCAGAUGGUGGGCCCCUGGCAGGUUCCUGUGGCCGAUGUGGCUGUCACCAUCACCUCAUAUGGCGGUGUCAAGACCGGAGAGGCCUUUGCUAUGGGCGAGAAGCCCACUCUGGCUCUUAUUUCUCCUGCUGCCUCCGCCAAAAUGUGUGUUGCCGAGUCUCUGCUCAACCUGGUGGCCUCCGACACUGUUCUCGACCGAGUUCGUCUGUCUGCCAACUGGAUGUCUGCUGCUUCUCAUGACGGUGAGGGUUCUGCUCUCUACGAAGCUGUCCAGGCCAUUGCUCUCGACCUGUGCCCCUCUCUGGACAUUGCCGUGCCUGUCGGUAAGGAUUCCAUGUCUAUGAAGAUGAAGUGGGACGACACCGAGGUUGUUGGUCCUCUGUCCCUCGUCAUCACUGCCUUCGGCCCCGUCAUGGACGUUUCCAAGACCUGGACCCCUCAGCUCGAACGGGAGGAGGCCUCUUCUCUGGUUCUUGUCUCUCUGUCUGCCUUCGAGCGACUUGGUGGAUCUGCUCUGUCUCAGGUCUACUCUCAGCUUGGCAACGAGGCUCCCAACGUGGACAACAACUCUGUUCUGAAGGGCUUCCUAACUGCUGUUUCCGAGCUGCACCAGAAGAAGGACGACAUUGUUCUGGCUUACCACGAUCGAUCCGACGGUGGUCUUAUUGUCACUGCUCUGGAAAUGGCCUUUGCUGGCCGAUGCGGUGUCUCUCUUGAUGUCACUGGUAAAGAUGCUCUUUCUGCUUACUUCAACGAGGAGCUGGGUGCUGUCUUCCAGGUGGCUGACUCCAACAUUGCCGAGUUUACUUCCAUCAUGACCAAGAAUGGCGUCCCUGCUUCCCAGGUCAAGGUGGUAGGCAAGCCCAUAAUCUCCUCCAAGGAGCAGACUGUCGACGUCAAGUUCAACGGCCAGCCCGUCUACUCGUCCAAUCGAGCUGCUCUUCAAAAGGCUUGGGCCGAGACCUCAUACAAGAUGCAGCGUCUGCGGGACAACCCCAAGACUGCUGACGAGGAAUACAGCAACAUUGCCGACAACGCCGACCCCGGUAUUGUUUUCAAGCUGUCAUUUGACCCCACAGAGUCAAUCCCUCAGUCUCUGGUCUCUCAGAAGCCUAAGGUUGCCAUCCUCCGAGAGCAGGGUGUCAAUUCUCACAUGGAGAUGGCCUACUGUUUCGAGCGAGCCGGCUUCACUCCCGUCGAUGUCCAUAUGUCCGACCUCUCGUCGAAACGUCAGCAGCUCCCCGACUUCGUUGGUUUCGUUGCCUGUGGAGGUUUCUCCUACGGUGAUGUUCUCGGUGCCGGAGCUGGAUGGGCGAAGUCUGUACUUUUCUCGCCCGAGCUCAAGUCCGAGUUCACCAACUUCUUUGAGCGAGCCGACACCUUUGCUCUUGGUAUCUGCAACGGUUGCCAGUUCCUGUCUCGACUCCAGGAGAUAAUUCCCGGAGCUGACAACUGGCCCACCUUUGAGCGAAAUGCCUCCGAGCAGUACGAAGGCCGAACCACCAUGGUCGAGAUUGUCGAUGAGGCCAAGGAGCCCUGUAUUUUCCUUGGCGGUAUGCGAGGUUCUCGAUUCCCCGUUGCCGUUGCCCAUGGUGAGGGCCGAGCCUCUUUUGCCUCCGAGGACAAGCAAGCCAAGUUUGCUUCCCAGCAUCUGGCUGCUGUUCGGUACGUCGACAACUACGGCCACGCCACUGAGCGGUACCCCUUCAACCCCAACGGCUCUACUAACGCCAUUGCUGGUGUCCGAACUCCCAAUGGUCGAGUUCUGGCGAUGAUGCCCCAUCCCGAGCGAGUGUCUCUGGUUGACGCCAAUUCUUAUCGACCCAAGGAUCUGGCUGAGUCUCCCUGGAUCUCGCUUUUCAAGAACGCUCGAAAGUGGGUCAACUAG